GUCAUUAUUAUGUAUGGAAUCGUCGCUGGGCUCCAUUCCCCCGAAUAUCCCUCCUGAUCUGAUCAAAAUCCGAAUCGAGAACUCUCACCUGACAGAAAUCCCUCCGAGAGCUUUCUACACCCUCGAUGGCCUGGAAUCCCUGUGGCUGAACUUUAACCACAUCACUUUAAUCCACAUGAAGAGUCUGGAGGGUUUGUACAACCUGACCGAACUUCACCUGGAGGGGAACAGACUCGCGCUCGUACCGUGGACGGCCUUUCAGGAAACGCCCAAACUCAAAAUCCUGGAUCUGAAACACAACCUGCUGGACAUGCUUCCAGAGUCGGCUCUGCACCACCUUCCCGCGCUGACCUACUUAGAUUUAUCCUUCAAUCAGCUUACGGUCGUGUCCCCCGACGUGUUCCUCCGCUGGCCUCGUCACCACCCAGAAAAGCACGACAGGAUGGAUACGAGCGCCGCUAACGUUGUGCUAGCGCUGCACGAUAACCGUUGGCUCUGCGACUGUCGGCUCAGGGGCUUCGUCGACUUCGUCAGGUCCAUCAGUCCACCCAUUAUUCUGAUGAACUCGUACCUGAGGUGUUCGGGACCCAAAUCCAGAGCUGGGAAGUUCUUCCACGAGCUAGAACUGAAGAGCUGCGUGAAGCCAGAAACGUUCACGCUGGACGCUAACGUGACGGUUCCGCUGGGGAUGAACAUGACACUGAGGUGCUUUGUGAAGGCAAGGCCUGAUGCUGCGGUACAAUGGAGCUACAGUCUUAAAGCCAUCAGAAGAUUUACAGUUUCUCAGUCUCAGCUGGACGAGGACACGAUCAGCUCGGCUCUGACGAUCCCGUCGGUUCACUCGGCCGACCGCGGGACGUACACCUGCAGCGCCAAUAACUUCAUCGGGAAUUCCUCCGUCAGCAUUCGGCUCGACGUCUUACCCGCCAAAUCUUCCUUCCCGAUGUCUCCCGCCUUCCCGUCGCCUUCUAUCAGCGAGAACGUUUACAUCGACAUCAGAAUAGUUAAACAGACGGUGUACGGGAUCGCCGUGGAGUGGCAGGCGGUGACCGAGAACCCCUCCGAAACCUGGUUCACCGUCCACUUCGGUCGGUACGACUCGCCGAACAAAGAGACUCUGUACGUCGGCCCGGGGGUCAACAGAUACUCGGUGAACGAUCUUCACCCGGCCACCAAGUACGAGGUGUGCGUCUCGCUGAAGAACCAACCGCCCCGCCCGGAGCAGUGCAUCGUCUUCGUGACGGGAAGCAGCACGAACGAACUGGAGCAGCGCGAAAGACUGGUCCACAUCAUCGUCAUCGUCUGCGCGAUGGUGUUAGCCGUCCCGGCGGGGAUGUUCGCCUGCACCACCAACAGCAGGACGAGCUGCUUCAGCUGCUGCGCCGAGAUCUGCGGCAGGAUCAGACGCAGAGACCGAGAGGAAAAGGAAAACAACCGGCAGGGGACGUUCGAUAGUCUUCAAGCAGCCAGCGAUGAGAAGCUGUGCCGGGAUUCGGGGGACGACAGGAGGACGAGGAGGCACUCGGAGGAUAAAACGCCGAGGGGCAACAGCGCCCAACUUUACUAA